AUGCCUGAGUCGGGCGUCACGACGGGCCAGCUGAAGCAGUGGUUUGAUGCAGUCGAUCGCGACAGGAGCGGGCAGAUCUCGGCCAAGGAGCUGCAGACCGCCCUGGACAUGGGCCAGCUGAAGUUCAGCCUGGCGACGGUAGCGCACAUGAUACGGAUGCAUGACAAGGACGGCAGCGGGUCCAUCAAUUUCCAAGAGUUUGAACAUCUCACCACGUUCUUGACCGAAAUGCGAUCCAGCUUCAACUAUUUUGAUUCUGAUAGGGGCGGCAGUCUGUCCCUGGACGAGAUUCAUCGGGCCAUCACCCAUGCCGGUUUCCAGCUUGAUCAGCCCGCGUUCACUGCAUUGGUGGGCGCCUUUGACCCUGACCGAAAUGCCCUCUUGGGAGUGCAAGAGUUCAUCGCCAUGACGCUGUUCCUAAAGAGCUGCAGCGCCAUUUUCACGGCAUUUGAUCCCCAAAGGAGUGGAAAAGUGACGUUGGAUUUCAACCAGUUUGUGUACGCAGCAUCCAACUCACGAUGA